AAGCUCCAAAGUAAAGGAAGAAAAAGAAUUUUCAAACGUAACUGAAGAUGAAAAAUUCAAAAUAUUAGAUGUCGGCACCAGAUUAAAGUGCUUAAAAUCUUCUAAGGAUGGGGAUACUUGGCAGCUUGCGGAAAUAAUAUUGUCUAAAAAUGAUUCUGGGUCUAUUACUUAUUACGUUCAUUAUCUUGAUUUUAAUAAGAGGUUAGAUGAGUGGAUUGGUACAGAGAAAAUGGACUUUUCUUCUAUUUCAUCUUCUAAAAAGUCAAAAUCUUCCGGUAAAACUGUGAAAUCUCGUAUUCGAUCGACUACAAAAGAACUCAGUGCGCCUGAAGCUACGGAUAACAAAAAAUCGCCUUCUUUAAGAGGAUCGUUGUCUUCCGUAAUUAAAGGAACUGAUGCAAUUGUAAAAGUUAAAAAUCUAAGCGCUAUUGAGAUGGGUUUGUACAUAAUUCAGCCGUGGUACUUUUCUCCAUAUCCCGAAGAAUACUCUAAACUUAAAACAUUGUACAUUUGUGAGUUCUGCUUGAAGUACGUUCCCUCUAAGUUUUGCUUAAAGAGGCACAGAACGAAGUGUACUUUACGCCAUCCGCCAGGAAACGAAAUUUACCGCAACGAGACCAUUUCUUUUUUUGAAAUUGAUGGAAGAAAAAAUAAACCGUAUUGCCAGCGGCUUUGCUUGCUUGCGAAACUUUUUUUAGAUCACAAGACCCUCUACUACGACACAGACCCUUUUCUUUUCUACUGCAUGACGGAGUGGGACGACUACGGCCUUCAUCUCGUUGGCUACUUUUCUAAAGAAAAGGAAAGUAAUGAAGACUAUAACGUUGCAUGCAUUUUGACGCUUCCGCAGUACCAAAGAAGGGGUUUUGGAAGAGUGUUGAUUGAAUUUAGUUAUGAACUUUCAAAGUUGGAAGGAAAACGUGGCUCGCCGGAGAAACCUCUUUCCGAUCUCGGGCUGCUUAGUUACCGUAGUUAUUGGAGCCAAACUAUUGUGGAACUUCUUUUAGAGAGAAGGAAUGAAAGCAUUUCCAUUAAGGGGAUUUCCAUGGCCACCAGCAUAAAAGAGGAGGAUGUAGUGGGUACUCUGCAGUAUUUAGGGCUGAUUCGUUACUAUAAAGGAGGUUAUAUCUUGUGUUUAACUGAAGAAAUACUACAAGCGCAGAAGAAAUUUAUAAACCGUCGUAGCAUUCGCAUUUCGUCCGAGAAAAUUAUGUGGACGCCAACUCCCUGGGGGAAGCGUAACCGUUGA